GACAAAUGUCUAUUUAACUUUGUAAACGUAUUUAAACUACAAGUACAAGCAAUAUAUCGUGGAGGUUGGAUCAUUUUGGCCAUGGCUCAGCAUUUCCUUGGACAUCCUGGUUCUGCUCCAUUUCAUUCAACACCGAAAGCCAGUCAUAACUGUGUGUCAGCAAAGGGAGAGAGGUCGUCAAGAGAGAGUCUCGGGCAUAGUUUCGACCAUGACUCAACUGGAGAAACAAUCCCUUUUGUAACCCUGGAUGAUAGCCAUGAGCAGCAAAGUGAGGAUUCAGGCAUCAGUGGCUCACACAGAGGUACACCAGUAAAGGAGAUGGAUGAUGGCAUUGUCUUCACCACUAGUAAUGCCAGAAUAGAUGAAAUUGGGAAGAAAGCACAAGACCUUAUAGAGAAGAUCAACCAGAACCGUACAAUGGACCAGAAACUCAUGAACAGCUUUGAGGAGAAGCUAAUGAAUAAGGUUAGUGAGGUGUGCCAGCAGAUGAAGGAGCAGAUGUUUGAAUAUUAUGAGAAACACAGCCGAGGGAUAGAGACGAAGCUUGCUGAGCUCACAGAAGUGUUAGAGCGCAGCAGUCAGCUCGGCACGGAGCUCCAGGAGGCCAGCCAGACACUGGCAGCCAUUAACAAGGUUCUGCAGCAAACCCCGGGCCAGUAGAUACACAGCACACACAUCACAUAGUGCACUAAAACACUUCCAUAGCUCCAGAUGUGGGAUAGCCAAAACAAAGUCAUUUCAUUUGUUGAUAUAAUAGAAAUAAGCGAAACCAGAAGAACUUCUCAACAUUCAAUGUGUGCUACUGUUGAAAGAGGAAGGAAGAUUAACAGUCUUCUUUAUAGCACUGUCUGAAACUAAACAUUUGUUUCAGACAGUG